UUUCAGUUGACAUUGUCAACCUGCGAGUGUUUGCUCUCCUUGGAUCCCCACCCCAAGCUGGUGCAUGUCCACGUCCACCUGGAGGGAACGUCGGCUCAGGAUGUUGGACGUUCUGUACCAGUGGUUCUGGUGGGACCGGAUAUGGCUGCCAGGAAACCUGACCUGGAGCCACCUGGAGGACAAAGAGGGGCGUGUCUACGCCAAAGCCUCGCACCUUUGCGUCGUCAUCCCCUACGCAUUUGCCUUCCUGUUUGUCAGAUACAUCUUUGAGAGGUGGGUCGCCACGCCGCUGGCGGUCCGUGCGGGCGUCAAGUCGAGAGUCAACCUCAAAGCGGACGACAACGGCGUCCUCAAACUUUACUACAACACGCGCAGCAGGAAGCCCACUCAGGCCGACCUGGACGGGCUGUCCAAGAAAAGCGGUCUCUCUGUGAGACAAGUGGAGCGCUGGUUCCGAAGGAGACGCGGUCAGGACCGACCCGGAGUUCUGAAGAAGUUCACCGAGGCCAGUUGGCGCUUUGUCUUCUACCUGGCCUCGUCCAUCGGAGGGCUGCUGGCGCUUUACGAUAAGGAAUGGUUCUAUGACACCAGGGCCGUGUGGACCGCUUUUCCUAAGCAGUCCCUGCUGGACUCUCAGUACUGGUACUACAUCCUGGAGAUGAGCUUCUACGUCUCCCUGCUCUUCAGCGUCUGCUCCGAUGUCAAGAGGAAGGACUUCAGGGAGCAGAUGGUCCACCACGCCGUCACCCUGGUGCUCCUGUCGUUCUCCUGGUGCGUCAACUUCAUCCGCGUGGGCACGCUGGUCCUGCUGGUCCACGACGCCGCCGAUGUCUUGCUGGAGUCGGCCAAACUCUUGAACUACGCCAAAAUGGAGAAAAGCUGCAAACUUCUUUUUCUUCUUUUUGCUCUUGUCUUCAUCGUAACUCGGCUCAUCAUCUUCCCCUUCUGGCUGAUCCACUGCACAUGGGUGUACCCCCUCCACCAUUACCCCGCCUACUUUGGCUACUACUUCUUCAACGCCAUGCUCCUCCUGCUCCUCGGCCUGCACCUCUUCUGGGCCCUCCUCAUCCUCGCCAUGGUCAGGAAGUUCAUCUUCGGCACCCUGACCAGAGACGAGAGGAGCGACCAUGAGGAGGAGGAGGAGGAGGACGACAGCAGCUUGUCAGACGAUGAAGUCGCUGCAAAAAACAACAAUGGCUGCCUGGGCUGUUUGACCCCCCACGAAAACGUCUGCGCUCAAAGACGGUGCACUGGCGCUUCCUCUGGUGGCGACGCCACACAACGAGAAGACUCCUCGAAGGCGGUUUGAUGUUUGUGUUACUCUCACGCAGCAUGGCGGGAAAUGUCGGCGGACCGUCACGGUUCCUGCUUGACAGGACACCAGAAGUUUCAAUAUUAGACUUUUUUAUGAGAAAUAAGCUAAAUUAUUAUUAGUUUUAUACUUUUCCAUGUCCGUGACCGUUCAUCUUCUCCUUCCUUCACGUGAGUUCAAAUGUUUCCAAACAUGAAACACAAAUGUCGAGGCCAUCGCUACUUCUGUCUGUUCUGUGUUCCACUUUCUCCGCUACUUCCUUCCUCUUUGCCAACCGCAUCUUCAGUGAAGUAUCCACAGAGACAAAAGUUGUAAUAAACUUUCAUCAGUUUAUCAUAACAACAAAACCAGUUUUUAGGCUUUUAGUGCGUCCUUUGUUUUAAAUACUUAAACACCCGAUCAAUCAUAAUGAUGGUAUUUUCCACUAAUUAUCUGCUUAGCAAUGCUCUAAACGACCAUCAUU